AUGCGGCCACCAAGUUUUCCGUCAGUUGCAUUGUGUUUAGGCCUGGGUGGUGCCCAAGUGCUUGCAUUUUUCGGUGAAGUCCCUUCACAUGCUCUAAAAGAUCCUAUCAACGUCCCACCUAUUCGCACGGAGGAAUUAUAUCCACACUUGCGAAAGAGGGACGAAGACUGGUCCAGAUUUAAUCUUCAAGAUGAGGUGAAACUCCUUUGGGCUCACAAUAACCGGGAUAGUAAAGUUGUCUUUGACAUGGAUAUUCAAAAGCCGGACCAGAAACAUCGCCUCCUUGCCCUCGAGGAACUCGACACAUUUACCGAAAGCAUCGUCUGUAAGGAACCUACUAUAACGUUGAAAUUCCGGAGCGAAGCAGCCAUUGGCCGCGCGGAAAAGGAAUGGGGUUGGAUCAACGGCGCUGAUACCGACUACUUUUACUUGAUUGCGAACCAUGACGGUUGUGGACCCGACGCCAUGAGGCAUCCCUACAAAGUCGUUCAAGUUGAUAACGAUGCCAAAAACUUGACUACGACUUUCACCACCCAAAAUGUUGAUUGGGAGGAGGUCACGCCGAACCAUAAGAUGUCAAUCGGCACUAGCCCACAUGUUCGACGAACUUCAGCAUCCGAUACUUCCUCUCCUGCACGGAUCAUGCGUCGUGAGGAGGCCUACUGUUUCUACUUAUGGAAGAUGUUAGGUGUCUUCUGUGGUGGAGUCCAAAAACCCGGGCCCGGCUUUUUUGAACGUCUUGGAUCCUCGCUUCGUGCUGCCAAAGACAAUACGCUUGACAGCUUCGAAAAGUUCCCUUCUGAUCUUGUCAAAGGUGCCAAGGGCGUGGAAAGAAUUCCUGGUGCACUUUUCGAUGCCGGAGUGACAUUCACGAAUGGAAUGAAACAAAUUCCUGCCGAACUUGCUGUCGCCGAAGAUACCUUCAUUGACGGCGUCACUAAGAUCCCUGGGGAAGUCGGACAGGCCUUUGCUCAUAACUUUCAGUUAGCUUCUGGUGUUAUCGUUGGUGUCGCUGAAGAUAUCAUGAAGGAUAUUUCUGAUGCUGCUAAUGGUGCCAAAGCUGUCGUUACUAUUGUCGAAAAGGUUGUAAAUUUCCAAGAAGCGAUUAUUCUCUUGCUCAUGGGUGAACCUAUGACGUUUGACUUCGCAACCACAGAAGAAGACGCAAAGAAAACCCUCUAUCCUCCCAUUACAACCGGGCCUGUGGAAUUUAGUAGCGAGUGCAAUGGCUGCCAGACUAAAGGCAGAUUGGUCAUCAGGGCUGAAUGGUUUAUGAACGGUGGCUCGCUCCUCAACCCCAUAUUCUGGGUCGAAACCAAAGGAGUCACUGGUAGCCUUCCCAUUAAACACAAGGUUGCAGUUGACCUCGAUGCGACCGAGGAAGAUGAUAUGGUAGCCCUGUUCCCCGUCCCUGGUAUCACACCCUUUACUAUCGGAGCUGUGUCGGUUGGACCAGUAGUUAUGGUGGGCGGAGGCCUUGAAGGUAAGCUCAAGGUCGCUGGAGCCUUUACUACAGGAUUAAACUACACGAUCCCCGACGGAACCAUGGAAUUGCGUCCCACAACUCCUUCAGAAAGCCGAUUGACUGGAUUUGAAGGUGGCGCCAACUUCAAGCCUUUUUUCGACCUUGACGAAUUGAACAUGCAGGCCGAAGCGAGCGUUUUCGGAAUGGCAAGACUCGGAGCUGGCUUAGCAUGGGGUAAAGGGUCCACUUUGGGGGCAUGGGCGGAUUUUAAGGGAGGGUUCAAAGGUACCCUCAAAAUUGGAAGCCUAGAUAACGGUGAAUGCCCGGCCAAAUUUGGGCUUUCCGCAACGGGUCUGGUAGGCGACAGGAUCGACAAGACGGAAAAGCCGGAAGGAAAGACCGCUGGUGUUAAGGCAUCUAUCGGCACUUUCUAUGAAGUCUCAGUAGCUGCCGGGCUUUCGGUGAGCGAAGCGAAGGUCAGCUUCAAGAUGGUCGAUGGUGGCACUGAAAUAGCAGGAUUUUGUAUUGCAGCUCCUAUUCUUGACCUUGCCAAUGAGCAAAGAAUGGCAACACUGCAACCUACAAAAGCGCCAGCCAAGGACAUCAAGAAGCAAGCUGGACCCAACUUUGUUAAACAAACACCCACAGGGCAAAUUGAGUCAGGAAUGAUAUUGAUCAAGGGUAUGGCUUUAGAAAUGUUUGCGUUUGAUGGAAGUGAAGUUACUAUUUAA